AUCACGGCUGCACAGGAAGAAACCAUAGCGGUUGACAACUCAUCGGAAUCGAUCUAUAUUUACGUCUAAUAUUUCUUUGCAACCGGUUUAGAACAAGAAAAUUCUAAUGGCUGCUAAUGGUAGAGGUAACAUGCGACCUGCAGGUCGGUCUCCACCCUUCCUUGCUAUAGGUUUGUUCGUUGCAUUGGUGAUUUUAGGCUUCAAUUACUGGAGCUUGUCGGCCCGAAAUGGCGAACAGUCAAAUGAAAUCGUUUUACUUGAGAGUGAACUGCGUUUGGUUAAUGCAAAGAAAACUUCUGCUGAGAAAAGAAGUGAAGCCAUAUCAGACAAAGUUACCGAACUUGAAAAGCAGCUGAAUGAACAGAAGGAAGUAAUUGCCAAAAAUCAAGCUGAACUUGCUAAUGUUGAGAAAGAAAAGCUAACAUUCAUAGAGAGAACAAAUGAGCUGGAGAAUGAAGUGAGAAAUAUAAGGGACCAACAGCUUCCAAGUUGUGAAACAGACAAGAAAAAUCUUCAACAAGAAGUGGAACAAUUACGAGCUGAUAUAGAAGUUCAUGAAAAUAAAGAAUGUGGCAAAAGUGACUGUGAAACAUUUGUGGCGAGAGAGAGAGAUGCCACCCUUGAGGAUGUGUACAAAGCUGUUGGGGCCUCCCCGCUUAUCAGCAUGCAUAAAAGCAAUGUCAAUUUAGGAAGUUACAGAGAUCAGAUUUCCAAGUUAGCUGCACAAAUGGAUCAGGAAGCUUUGAAGAAACAAGCAGGGAAUCAACAACCAGUAGAUACACAACAACACCAACAGCAACAACCGUUUGAUACACAACAACAACAACAACAACAGCAGCAGCAGCAACAACAACUAGUUGACACACAACAACAACAACAAGUUGACACACAACAACAACAACAACAAGUUGACACACAACAACAACAACUAGUUGACACACAACAACAACAACCGGUUGACAUACAACAACAAAUUGAUACAAAACAACAAGAACAACUAGCUGACACACAACAAGCACAACCAGUUGAUACACAACAAGCACAACCAGUUGAUACCCAACAACAACAACCAAUAGAUACACAACAACAACGGCUUGAUACUCAGCAGCAACAGGUAGAUGUUCAGCAACAAGAGCAACCUCUAGUUGAUACCCAACAAGCAGGUCAGAAUGUGGAAACUGGUCAUGGAGUUGUGCCUGCACCUGACCUUAACCAGGCUCAUGCAGGUGUUGCACAAGAAACCAGUAAUUUAAAUGAAGACAUGGAUGGAAGAGCAGUAGAUGUAGAUAGACAGCUUGAUGCUCAGCAGGGAGCAGCUAAUUUGACAAAAACAGCAGCAGAGGGUCACGCAAAGGAAGCGCAAACAAACACCAUGACAAAGACCACAGAAGCAACAAGCCAGAAACCUGGUAUUAAGACUGAUAUUCCCCUUAAUUCUCUGAAUGUUGCAGUAACUGGGAACCUGACCAAUACUAACACAGCCACUGUUCAUCAAAAUCGGGAUGUUAACACUCCAGUAGAUGGCAAUGAUGAUGAUGAUGACGAUGAUGGUGCACUUGAUGAUUAUAAGGAUGAGGACGAUGCUGAUGAUCUAACUGAUGUUGACACCUUACGUGUCAAUCAUGAUAAUGAGCACAAGGAAGAUUACGAUUAUGAUGAAGACGAUGAUGAUGAUAAUGAUGGUAACGAUGACUAUGACUACGAUGAACUUAACUAGUAGUAUAAGAAAACUGACAGACUGAGGCAGAAUGAUGAUGGUAUAGAUGAGAUGUUCCAGCGUGAUAGAGACGUGGCAGCGGCACCUCCUCAGUGAUCUACAGUCAUCAUAUUGACACUCUGUGAUCUGUUGCUACACAUCGAUUUCAUCAUACACCUGUCCAUUUAUAUCUUUCAUAUCAGCAAAAAUCACACAAAUAGUUUCUUAAAUCAUGUGGCAUGAUUAGUUACCUAUGUCAUGUAACAUGAUUUGUUUCAUAAAUCACACCACAUGAUUGGUUCCCAAUAUUGUGUUUCAUGAUUGGUUAUAAGUUGUGUCACAAUAUUAGUUUUGAAGAUUGUGUAACAAAUAUUUGUGUCAUGGAUCAUGUUAUGUACUUUGUCUCAAUGAAUGUUACUGACUAAUGAUGUGUUUUGUUUAACAGGUUAUGUAGUUUUUAAGAUCACAUCAGAUAAUUUCAUCUUUUAUACCAAUGUCACUUUAUAGAAUAGGUAGUGCUACUUGUUGGAGAACUAACACAUGGAAAUCUCUCUUUAUAUCAAGAAAUUUGAACUCAGCUCAAUUUUUGGGUCCAUGACUUUUGUAAAUAUGGGAGUUAAUUAAGAUAGUUAUGGGUUUUCUCUUGUUUAAUGAGAGGUAUAUGUAUUCAUAGUCACUCAAAGCCAAAACAGUUGUAAUCCUAUUUUAUCAUAGUUUUGCAUUACAUGAUAUUUGUCAUAUCUUUUAUAGAUCUCUUUAAUACCUAACAUUGAAUUCCAGUGGUGGUAACCAUCUAAUGUGUAUAUAUUUGUUACAUGGUGGCACAUUAUAAAUAUUCAGAGGAAAUUCCAGUGCAUCUAGUUGAUGGUAUUGCAUUUAUGUAUUUGUAUUAAUUUUGCAGAUGUUGCAUUAAGUGUCUAAAAUUGUUAUAUAUUAGUGUUUCAUUAUUCAGAUGUUCUGCUAUGCAUUAUUUUGCCUAAUAUACAACAAUGUAUGAGAUUUUAGGUAUGAGAAGGUAUAAAUCUUCAUAGUGGAGGUUGUAUUGUUUCCAUCAAAUCUUCUCUUUUCAAUGUGAAUUCAAUAAUAGGGGGAACUGAUUUAACAUCUGUGCAAUCAUUUAUUAAUAAAUGUUUCACUGGAGGACAAUAUUUAUAUACAUGUUUUACAUAGUGAUUAUGCAUAACCUAAUAAAUCCAAUAUUAGAUUUUUUAAAAAUACUAUAAACACUAGUUUGUAUGUUAGUAAUAAUAGUUAUUAAGUUACCUUGAAUUAUGUUAUAGGUGUUGUUUAUUAUAGAAAUUCUUCUGAAUUCAUCAGUGAACAUCAUAGUUUAGUCUUAGCUGCAGUUCCUAUAUAGGUAAAAAUGAUACAGAGAAUAUUGCUGUGUGUUGUAGAGAAUCCUGUAGUUUCAUUCUCAUUACUUUUAAGGAGAGACAAAAAGCUUAUUUUAGAACAAAGAAAUUGAAUGAUCCAAAUUUAUCAGUUUUACUUUUCAUUUUUAGUUUCUUCAAUAUGGCAAAUUUAUGAUAUUUUAAGAUGAUAUAAACACAAGAAGUUUAAAAUAUACUUGAAGUAUAUGUAAUAUACAAGUGUUUUGAAUUAGAAAGUGAAGAAUGAUCUUUUAGAAGGCUUCACAGAAGUUGCAUGUAGCAAAAUUUCAACAACUAAGAUGAAAAUUGAUUAAUUUUUGGAAUAUAUUUAUUGUUUCGCACCUUUAUACCAUUUUUAGCUCACCUGUCACAUAGUGACAGGGUGAGCUUUUGUGAUCGCCCUUCGUCCGUUGUCCGUCCGUCGUCCAUCCACAAUUUCUUGUCUGCACGAUAGAGGUUUCAUUUAUGAUUUUAUUUAAAUCAAACUUGCACACAACUUGUAUCACCAUAAGAUCUCGGUUCCUUUCUUGAACUGGCCAGAUCCCAUUAUGGGUUCCAGAGUUAUGGCCCCUGAAAGGGCCAAAACUAGCUAUUUUGACCUUGUCUGCACAAUAGCAAGUUUAUUUAUGAUUUGAUUUUUACCAAACUUGCAUACAACUUGUAUCACCAUAAGAUCUCGGUUCCUUUCUUGAACUGGCCAGACUCCAUCAUGGGUUCCAGAGUUAUGGCCCCUGAAAGGGCCAAAAUUAGCUAUUUUGACCUUGUCUGCACAGUAGCAGCUUUAUUUAUGAUUUGAUUUUUACCAAACUGGCACACAACUUGUAUCACCAUAAGAUCUUGGUUCCUUUCUUGAACUGGCAAGAUUCCAUUAUGGGUUCCACAGUUAUGGCCCCUGAAAGAGCCAAAAUUAGCUAUUUUGACCUUGUCUGCACAAUAGCAGCUUCAUUUAUGAUUUGAUUUUAACCAAACUGGCAUACAACUUGUAUCACCAUAAGAUCUUGGUUCCUUUCUUGAACUGGCGAGAUUCCAUUAUGGGUUCCAGAGUUAUGGCCCCUGAAAGGGCCAAAAUUAGCUAUUUUGACCUUGUCUGCACAGUAGCAGCUUUAUUUAUGAUUUGAUUUUUACCAAACUGGCACACAACUUGUAUCACCAUAAGAUCUCGGUUCCUUUCUUGAACUGGCCAGAUCCCAUUAUGGGUUCCAAAGUUAUGGCCCCUGAAAGGGCCAAAAUUAGCUAUUUUGACCUUGUCUGCACAAUAGCAGCUUCAUUUAUGAUUCGAUUUUAACCAAACUUGCACACAACUUGUAUCACCAUAAGAUCUUGGUUCCUUUCUUGAACUGGCCAGAUUUCUUCAUGGGUUCCAGAGUUAUGGCCCCUUAAAGGUCCAAAAUUGGCUAUUUUUGCUUUUGCAGCCAUAUAGAGACUUCAUUUAUGGCUUUAUUUGAUACAAACUUCCAAAAUAACUUCAACGACAAUAAUUUUUGGAUUCCAUGACAAAUCAGAUCCAAGCAUAGGUUCAGAGUUAUUUUAUAUCUGAUUACCUCCACUGAUUGUAAUCAAAAUGGAUUUAUAUCGGUAAGUACUUAUAGGACUUAUUUGAAAUUUUAUUAUUGUUAUUAGUUGGACUGAGACAAUCAGGGUAGAUAACUAUGAACUGAUUUUAUGUCAAAUUACCUCCCUUUAUUUCAAAUUAAAAUGGGUAUAUCUCCAUAACUUAUGAAGAUACUGAUCUGAAAUUUCAUUUAUGUCAACAGAUUUAUUUGGCAGAUCCUUCUUUUCUUCACUUACAAUAAUUUUUUUUUCCUUAAUUACUUCCCUUUUAUGUUACUAUAAAUAGCUUAUAUUUAGUAACUUUUUUAUUAUUGGCCGUAGGGAAAAACCGAGACCACUUUUCUGUGGUACAACAUGGAUGGUACCCCCAAUUUGUAGGUGUAUUUUGACAUAUCUGUACCUUGUAAGAAUUUUUUUUUUCUUUUUGGUUAAAUUUCUUCCCUUUGUUGUUACUGUCCUUUGGACUUAGAUAAUUUUUCUGAGGACCUUCUUGUCCUCAAGUGCAAUGAUAACAGGUGAGCGAUAUAGGGCCAUCAUGGCCCUCUUGUUUUCUCUUAUUUAGUGAUUUAAUGAGCAUUUUAGAAGUACAAAAAAAUGUCCAGUAACAUAGGGGAAUUUGUCACAUGACAAUUUUCUAAUUAUGCCCCUACCAAACAUGUUGGGGUGCGGGGGGCUAUAUAGGAGUCAGUUUUGUCGCGUCAUGUCCCGUUGCAACCCGAAACCUAUAUCUCAGUUAUUACUAAAUGGAUUUGAUUCAAACUUAAAAUAGAUGUUCCACCUUAUCACCCACAUCAUGUGACACAAGGUGCAUAACUCUGACACCAAUUUUUCAUGAAUUAUGCCCCCUUUUACUUAGAAUUUAAGGUUAAUUUUGAUGCAUUUUCACUAUAUCUCAGUUAUUACGAAAUGCAUUUGUUUCAAACUUGAAGUAGUUGUUCCACAUCAUCACCCCUAUCUUAUGACACAAGGCUCAUAACUCUUGCACCAAUAUUUCCCGAAUUAUGCCCCCUUUUUGCGUAGAAUUAUACUUGUAUAGUGUUUUGAUACACUUUAUCUGUACCUCUCUUAUUUUUUGAUAUUUUUAACACAGACUCAAACUAUUGUGCAAUAUUCAUCCACCAUUGGAGUCAUUAAACACUCCAAUGACAGUUCUUGACAGAUUUAAAUGUUUUUGGUACACAGGUGUGACAUCAUAAAAUACAUGUAAAGUUCGACUUAAGUUUGUCUACAAACCACCAAUUUUAUAUGUAGUUAUGGCCCCUUUCCAACUUAAAAUUUAUCAAACUCAUUGUUGCUGGACAAUAACUCAUGAAAGGCUUGACAGAUUUAGAUAAAUUUUGGUACACAGGUGUAACAUCAUAAAAUGCAGGUCAAGUUCGAUUUAAAUUGCACCUUUUUAUGGCCAUGUCUUACGUGGGGGUAUUCGUCACUCCAGUGACAGUUCUAGUUUUCUUAUUGGAUAGGAUAUUCAGUAUAUUUGCAGAACAUAUGGCAUUAUGAAUAGAUUCUGAAAGGCUGGAGAAGUUUUUUAAAAAAAAAAAGGGAAUAUAUGGAGUUUUCAACGCCAGUCAGCAAAUACAUAGGGGUUAUAAUUCACAAAGUGGACACCAGAUGUAAUAUUUUCACCAAACUUUAGUGACAUAGAUGCCAGAUCUGGUGUUCAUAAAUGAAAGAUAGACAAGUGAACAAUUAUUUGAUGUAUAUGUUUGCAAAAUGUGAUUUAUACUGUUCAAAUGAAAGGCGUUUUGUUUCAGUAACCCAGCAAUUAAGGCUACUGCAAUAUUCUUGAUCGUUGUAAUGUUUUGUGCCAUGGAUACUUUUGUAGUAUUUUGUUUGUUUUUUUCGGAGGGGAGGGUGGGGGUUGUAUAUGUAUUAAUAAUAUAUAUCACAUUUAUUUGAAGUGAAAAAGUUCAAAGUAUGUUGAAUAAGUAAUUUAAGUUUUGUUUGAUGACAAAAGAAAAGAAUUUUAACGGUUAAGGAGAAAUAAUGUUAUCUUAAACUUGUUCAAUGUUAAAAACUUAAAUAUGCACUGAAGUUUCUGCUAAUAUAUUUAUAUUUCAUACUAUAUUCACAUGUGUUUUUGUAUGUAUAUUUUUACCAUGCAAUUCAAUGCAUCAAAAGUUCAUUUAUGUUGUUAUAUUUUUUUGGGACAUUUUUUGAAGUUUUCUUUUACUUCAGUGGAGAAUGUUACAAUCUAGGAAGUCUUAUAUGAUGUGAUAACUAAUUUUUGAAGAGAUCUAUGUUCAAAUCCAGUGAAUGAAAACAGUUGUGAUAUGGUAUAGAGUUCUUUUCUAGCUCACCUGAACUUUGUUCAUGGUGAGCUAUUAGUAUAGAUGGAUGGUUCGGUGUACUGCAGUCCGUCUUCCUGUGAAUGGCAUCAACAUUUUUUACUUAAACAUCUUGUCCUCUGAAAUUACUGGUCAGAAUUGCACCAAACUUGGUCAGUAGCAUCCGGGCAUGGACCUUCUGACUUCUUCUUAUAGAGCUAGAAAUAAAAAAACCUUUAGACAACUUCUUCUCAUUAACCACUUAACGGAUCUUCAUGAGACUUGGUCUAUAACAUCAUUAUAAGGUCUUCUCCCAAUUUUGUUCACAAAUGGGGGCACUUGGCCCCAUUUAACGACUAGAGCUAAAUUUAAAACACAUUUAAACAUUAGCAUCAUUGUAGGUCCCUUUCCCAAUUUUGUUCAAAUGCUUGGCCCCUUUUAGGGGCCAGUAGAGCUAAAGAGAGAAAUACCUUUGACUUCACAUGAACUGCUUGAUUGAUCGUCAUCAAAUUUGGUUUGUAGCAUCAUUGAAAGGUCCUCUCCCAAAUUUGUUCAGAGGUAGUGUUUUGCCCUUUUAGGGGCCACUAGAAUUGAAAAUAGAAAAAAGCCUUUAAAUGACUUAUUCUGAUGAACCACUGGCUGGAUCUUCAUCAUACUUAGCUUGUGGCAUCAUUGAAAGGUUCUCUCCCAAGUUUUAUUUUCAAAUGGGGAGGGGGUGGACUUGGCCUCUUUUAUAGGCCCCUAGAGUUUAAAAUAGAAAAACCUUUAAAUGACUUCUUGGAUACUCAUCAAGUUUGGUCUGUAGUAUCUUUGUUAUGGUUCAGCUUGAUCCCUUUUUGGGGACACCAGAGUUAAAAUUAGACAAAAAAGUCAAACAACUUUGUAUUAGGAAGUAUGCAUUUUUAGGGAAUCGCAGCAAGAUAUAGAAAAGAAACAAUUUUUUUUUUUAAUGAACUGCUCAAAGGAUUUUCACCAGACCUGGUUAGGAGCAAGGUCAGAUGGUCAAGGUUCCCUUCAGGUGAGUGACUUGGGCCCAUUUGGGCCUCUUGUUGUUGUUUUUUUCUUUGAAAUAAGUCUCGAUGUCUGUUCAAAUGUGUCGGUACAUAUUAUGAAACUUUGUCUCUUACUGUGGAACUUCAUAAAAUACCAGAGUUUGGUACAAAUCAUAAAACUUUUUAGGUAUAUUGUCAUGAUACUCCCAAAACUACCAAAGUCAGUAAUAUAUGGUACUUCUUAACUUACAAGGGCUAGGUACUUCUCAUGGUACCUUUUAAGGUACCAGUGCUAGGUACCGAUCAUGCUUUCACUUGAGACUUUGUUGUCUUCCAAGGAAACAGGUCUUGAAAAGUUAUAAAGGUUAAUUAAAUAUGAUUAAAAAAGUUACCACUGAAGAAUAUUUUUGAUCAGAUAAUGGGAUUUAUUUGUGGGUUUAUUGAUUUUUUGUUACGCCUGAAGGGAUGUAUUAUGUUUUGACGCUGUUGUCUGUCUGUCCGUUAGAAAUUUGGUGUCCACUCUGUCCCCUUGAAGGAUUUCAAAGAAACUUGACACAAAUGUUCACCACAUCGAGACAACAUGCAGAGCACAUGUUUUGGAUGGCUCGCUUCAAGGUCAAGGUCAUAUUACUUUGUUUUGUGUCUGCUCUGUAACUCUUGAACUGCUUGAAGGAUUUUAAAGAAACUUGGCACAAAUGUUCACCACAUCAAGACAUCGUGCAGAGCGCUUGUUUCGGAUGGCUCGCUUCAAGGUCAAUGUCACACUUAGGGGUCAAAAGUCAUGCCUUCGGGCGUAUAUUGCUCCACAUUGCGGUGCUCUUGUUAUAUUUUAUAAGAAUGCUUUUGCAGUUAUGCUUGUAUAGUUUCAUGUAAAUAUUGAAAAUGCUCAUUUUAUAUUGUAAAAUUAUUUGACAUAUUGUUAUAUAUAUUAACUUUAGUUUCCAUGAUAUUAGUGUUUCUGAACAAAUCUUAAUAAUGAAACUACUUGACUGUUGGAGAAAAUGUUAUGGGACAUUUUUCUUCCAAAUCAGAAAAUGACAAAAUUAUCAAUUUGAAAAGGUGGAGAAAAGUGCUAAGUGUAAUUUUAUGUACUCACUUUUUAACUGUGAAUGGUUUGUUCAAAAUUGAGACAGACAGUGUUGCCUUCGAAGACAUUUGUAUUUAAUGCAGUUUACAAGGAAGUCUGUUUAAAAGAUGUUCUGAUGAAUAUUCCAGAAAUAUUGUCAGAUAAACUUGCAGUUGUGAUGUGACUAUAAGUACUGCUCAAAAUGUUAUUGUCAACAAAACAAAUGCAUAGAUCAUGGGCAAAAUGCACAUUGGGAGAAGUAUAAUAUAUUGCCUAAUUACUCUAGAUGUUAUAUAGUUUAUUGCAUGAUGAAAGUUUAUCCAACAUAUUACACUUUUUUUCCUGCACAGAACUGUACUUGCGUACACAUUAAUUCAGUCCGUGUGUUGGCCAAGGACCAGUAAGGGUUGGUAAUCAGGCCCGUAGCCAGAGGUUAAAAAUAGGGAGGCACUUUCUAGGGGGUCCGGGGGCAUGCUCCCCCUGAAUUUUUUUUUGAGGGUGCCAUUUUGUGUGUUAAUGCAUUCCAAACAUAUUUUUGUUACUUUUAAAAUACCAGUUUCGGAAAAAAUAAAUUACAUUUAAAAGAUUUGUGUACAUUUUAGUUACAUAUAGAUCUGCAGAAAAAUAAGAAUUUCGAAAUAGCCAACGUAUUUGCGAUUAUUGUCACCCUAAAAUGCUAAUUUAAAGGCAUAUGGUCAUGCUUGCUUGGUUCUUACAUCUUCUGUUGAGUAAAUGUAUUAUUAUAUAUGUUCAUUUAUAAUUUGUUUGUUUGUUUUGGGUUUAACGCCAUUUUUCAACAGUAUUUCAGUUAUGUAAUGGCGGGCAGUUAACCUAACCAGUGUUCCUGGAUUCUGUACCAGUACAAACCUGUUCUACACAAGUAACUGCCAACUUCCCCACCUGAAUCAGAAGUGGAGGACGAAUGAUUUCAGACACAACGUCUUUUAUCAAAUCAUCACGGAGAACAUACGCCUCGCCCAAGGCUCGAACUCGCGACCCAGAGAUCAGUAGGUCUGCGCUCUCCCUAUUGAGCUAAGCUGUUCAUUUAUAAACUAUUUAGCAUGUCUGAAGUGAAAUGAAAAUUUGAAAGAAGCAACGUAGUUUAUGCAUAUACAAAUACAAUACAGAUAUGUAAUACAAAUGUACUUAAUACAUAAUAUAUUUUGUCAAUCUUCUUAAAAUAAGUAAUAUUACAUUUUUGAAAUUCAGCAACAACAAAAAGUUUAUACUUGGAUAAAUAGUGUGUAUGACAUGUCAUAAAGUUAUACUUAUAAGUUAAUCAAAAUAAAAAAAUCUGAAAUUUUUAUAAAAAAAAAAAGUUUAAACGGGAAGAUUCCAUAUACUUACGAUAAGGCCACGCCAAAUUGAUAAGUUGUUCAUCGGAUUUUUUUCUGAAAAAUUUGAGGUGGCGAGCGAAAAAAUAAUUUAAAUAUUUUUUUUGGUUUUUGAGAAAAUCAGGAGCGAGCGAAGAGCGAAGAAAUAUAUUUGUCUUCAUUUGGCUCUCGACUAACUAAUAAAGACCUUAAAAUAGAAUGUAUAGCCCUUUUAAAUUAAAAAGUAACUCCCCAGGGAUUGAGAAAAUCUAACCCGCAGACGCACAACAAAGCGAACUCGUGAAAAAAGGUAUUAAUAACAUUGUCAUACAGUACACUGUAAUCUAAUAUCGAAUCGAAUAUUUACUGCUAUGAAAAUGUAGCACUCUUAGCUGACUUUACAAAGUUUUUGAUACAUCAAAUAUGUAUGUGAGUGUUGCUAGAUCUAUUAAAGCUUCUGAUUUGAAACUUGGAACAGUUAUUUACUGUCAAAGUCUACUCCAGGAGAAACAAUACUCUUAAGUCUGAAUCUAGACAGAGUUAUGCCCCUUUUUAACAUAGAAUAUUUUUAAUUAAGUUUUAUAUAAUGAACAAUAGCUCUGUACUUUAAUAGCUUCUGACUAUUAUGCCCCUUUUACUGGCAAAGCUCUGAUUUAGAAAAGUCGAGCAUGAUAUCUUAUGUACAGCUCUUUUUUCUAACUUUAAACUUUCAUAACAUAUUAAAUUUGUUGAAACAAAGUCUCAAUUAAAGUCUGAAAUGGAGAUUAACGUGCAUUAACAUUAGUCUACUAAAUGAUUGGAAAAUUUGAAAAUCAAAACUGUCCUGAAAACAACUCGUAAUGUAAAUUCCUUACCCCACCAACUUUCGUAUGCAAAUGCUGAUCAUUUGGACAGGAAAAAACAGAAAACAGAUAAGUGACAUGCAUCAAUAAGUAUUUACCCUUACCAAAAUAAUGUAGAUUGAUGUUAUCAAACAAAUUAGUGUUUUUCUUCAUCGAGUUUUCAAUGAAAUAAAUCGAUUUUUGUAGUAUGUAAUUUGGUAAACAUUAGAAGAAAAUGGCGUAACUGCAUAAAGGGAAAUAACUUUAAUGCAACUAAAUAUAAGUAUGAUUUAUUAUAGACGAUGUGUGCGUAGUACGUAUUUAUUUUGAUUAAAUUCCAUUUGAGAACAAUCUGGGACUGGAAGUAUAAGCAUUUAUACACUUUUACGUCCGUAAAAAGUAGCACACCAAAAAAUUUUGGAUUGAUUUUUUUCAAUGGGGCGAGCGCAAGCCAAAAACAAAAAAAAAAUUAUUUUUUUUUUUGUUUCUGAAAAUAUACGAGUGGUAAAUCCGAUGAACAACUUUUUAAUUUGGUGAGGCCUAAGUUAAUAAGUGUUUCUGAUAUAAGUUCUUGACUAUUAAGUGACCGUAUAUUUUUUAGAGUAACCUGAUAACGAAGUUUUGAAGUGCCGUACUUAUAAUUGUGACUUUUUAGAUAUUAAUCGUAACGCUUCGGUCUUCUCCGAGUUAAGUUAAACUAACGGGCGCAUAGCUUGUAAGAAAACUAUGCUAUAGUGUAAUUAUUUGUGAUAUUAAAAACAAAUGGGAGAAAAUAGUUCAAACAAAAUAAAAUGAAAUAAUAGUGCCCAAGCUAGGUUUUGCUUUAAAAGAUGGUACCUCAAAAUAUACUUUUUUUUUUCUCAUAAUCUUGGCAGGUGUCUCCCUGUGCCUCUGUGUAGCUACGGGCCUGAUUUGAAGUUUUACCUGGUGACAAUGCCAACCAGGUAGCCCGCCCGCUUAGCUCAGUAGGUAAGAGCGUUGGUCUACGGAUCGCGGGGUCGCGAGUUCGAUCCUCGGGCGGGGCGUAUGUUCUCCGUGACUAUUUGAUAAACGACAUUGUGUCUGAAAUCAUUAGUCCUCCACCUCUGAUAAUUCAUGUGGGGAAGUUGGCAGUUACUUGCGGAGAACAGGUUUGUACUGGUACAGAAUCCAGGAACACUGGUUAGGUUAACUGCCCGCCGUUAUAUGACUGAAAUACUGUUGAAAAACGGCGUUAAACCCAAAACAAACAAACAAAAACAAUGCCAACCAUGUUGAAAUUGAUUUUAAUGUUACAUCAAAAUAUUUGUUGGUGCUUGCACAGCUACAGUAAUAGAUCCUCUAAGAACUAAUUAAUAUUUAUUGUGAAAGUGCAUAUUUUAUAAAAUUGAAAUAUUUAUUGAUAUAAUUUAUAAUUUUGCUUUGCUUAAACAUUCCAUGUUUGUCCAAAUGGUAGUUGUCAUGUAAAUAUUAAUGUAACAGUUAACUGAAAACGUAUAUUUUUUCCCCAGAGUUUACUCACUCCUGUUUAGCCAUCUAAUCUAAUCAAUGUUUUUCAAUUACAACUGUAUCAAUUUUUAAUUUGGUUUGAAAAAUGACAGCUUGUAUGUUAAACUUGCCAAUCAAAUAUAUUUCAGUAAAGACCUGCAAAAGAAAAAAAUUAAAUAAUAUUUAAUUGAAACCUACUACGUGUAUAAAUAGUGUUUAGUGUUUAUCGGGGACAGUCAUAUCGGAUAUGUUACUUUGGUUAUUACAAACAGUGCAUACAUGUUGUCUGUUAUAUGUACAAUGUCUGCCUUCAACUCUUUCAGCCUUGGUCAUGUUUCUGUUAAAUUUCUUGAGUUGAACAAAAGGAGUUUGUGCAUACAAAAAUAGUUGUGUAUUAGUAAAAACUACCAUAACAUUCUUGUUUAAUGAAAAUUAUUUCCUUCAAAAGUGUUUUUCAUCAGCAACUGUUUCUCCUUUUGUUUAUUUUUAUGCACUUUUGUGUUUAUUUUUAAUGCAUUAUAGAACAAAUUUGUGGGAAUAUAAAUAAAAACUUACAGGAAAAAUA